GCCGCGGCGGGCUGGUGUGCUGGGCGCUGUGGGCCUGCGGCGCGGCGGACGCCAGGCAGAGCUGGAUGGUCGUGUCUGCAGACGCCAAGAAGGCGGGGGCCGAGGCGCUGCGGGGCGGGGGUGCCGACGUCACAGACGACGACGUCGCCGAGCUCGUCCUGAAGGUGAGGUCGACGCUGAGCGCAGGGCGAGCCCCCCGUUCCAAGCGGGACGAGGCACGGCGCCUGGAGGCGGCGCUGGACCCGGUGGCCGUCCGCCUGGCGUCGGGGAACCCCGAGGUGCCAGGCUCCGCGAUGGCCGAGGCCCUCUGGGGGUUCACGGAGGCCGCCACUUUCGCCACGCAGACGGAGGGUCGGAUCAGACGAGUGGCGGCCGACGCCGAUGGCUGGGAGACGAUCGCGGAUCGGAUCUGGGCCCGAGCGGUGGGGGCCGACGGGAACACGCUGCCCGUCGACUGGGUGCUGCACCUUGGCAUAGGUCUCUUCCUGUCGAGCCUGGCGGUGGUGCUGGGGGCCGACUCAGUGCGACACCGCCUGGCUGGCGGGGCUGUAGGGCUGGUCGGGACCGUCCUGCUGGUACGGCGGGUGCCCGAGCGGGUGGUCGCCUGGUGGACACGCUGUCGGCGGCGUUCGGCCUUCGCCGCGGCGCGGAGGCGCGGCGGGGACGGCCUGGACCGGACCGCCGCCGAGGCCGCGGAGGAACCUGCGGGCCCGCUACACCCGCCGGGGCUUGCAGCACUGCCGCCUCCGCCGUGGGCCCCACCCGCCGAGGGCGCAGGCGCGGGUACCGCUGUGGGGAAGCCUGGCGCGCAGGACCUGUCGGCGCUGCGGGCGUUCGCCCAGGGGUGCGAGGUGCCGGGCCCCUCCAGCCAGACAGCGGCCAUGCAGCAGCAGCAGCAGCAGCAGCAGCCACAGCCGACACCAGAGGUGGCCGUCCCAGCCUCGGGGCUCAGCUUCCACGUUCCCCACGCUCCUGCAGAUGCGGUGCAGCUAGGACGGGAGGUGGAGAUAGUGGGCGCCACGCUGCGCGAGUUCCAGGCGCAGGGGGCCAUCAACGAGGACUGGGCCUGGCACUUCUGGGAGAGGAUCGCGGCUGUGGAUGGCGCCAGGGGGCUGCACCCUGACCUGCGACGAGUGCUGCAGACUCACGGCUACGUGGGCGCGGGGACGACGUCCCCGCCAGGAGAUUCGUUGCAGCAGGAGCUGGACGCGCUGGCCGCCUCCCCUACGGCGCCUCACGGCGGGGGCAUGCAUGCCUCCCCUGGGUGGGCCGUGGCCCCGCAGACCCAGCAGCAUCAGGAGGACAGUCGAUGGAACCUGGGCCUCCCGCCGGAGCUGCGGCGCGCAGCGCCGGAGAUCUACCGCACCAUACGGGGCGCGGGGGCGGCCAGCGCGCGGGACUGGCUGUCGCAGGAGGUGACGGGCCAGCGACACACGGCGGCCUGGACCGACCUGUGGACUGCCGCCACCAACGUGGACUACUUGCUGGGCGGUUGCGCGAACCAGUCCGAGCUGCUCACACGGUUGGCGUCCGACGAUGCGCUGGAGCUGCACCUGAGGCGGCUGGCGAGCUACGUCUACGAGAUGCGGACGAAGGACAAGGUUGGGGGGGCGGCCAUGGUGGCUGUCCGCCCGCCCGGGUCAGCCGCCGACUUGGCUCCGACAUGGCUGGUGACCGAGGCCACGACCCACAGCCAGGCGGAGCACCAGCGCGACGAGAGGGUCCACGCCGCCAUCAAGCACGAGGGUCGAGGUGCCCCGCCGCCGCGGGUGCAGCCUAGAAUGCCAGUGACGGGUUUGUCAGGCUCGCUGACGCAGGCCUUGCAGUGGAAGGAGGCCGAGCUCAUGAACGGGAUGGACCGCGGAUCCCUGGAGGCGAGACCAACGGGCCAGCGCGAAGCGAGCGACAACGAGAUGAUGCUGGCCUGGCAGCUCGUGCAGCAGUAUGCGUUACAGGACGCAGCGCGGUACGAGCGCGGUCAAGGGGCGGAUCUUGCCUGCGACAGAGGGCCGCAGGACGCCUACACUGGAGAGCGCAAGGGUGUGAGCAAGCACGACGGGGGGCUGGAGGCUGGCAGCCGCGGGGAUGCCGAGCCUGAGGACGCUCAGCAGCACCGCUACGACGACGACUGGCUAGGGCAGCAGUGCAGCUGCCGGGCUGCGCCGCCUGGCCCGAGGGGCUACAGCGUGGCGGAGUGGCUGGAGACAGUGAGGCGGGCGAAGAGAGAUGACGAGCGUGUGAUGGUGGUGAUGCAUCUCUUCGCUGGCCGUCGGCGGCGUGGUGACGUGCAGGAGGUGGUAGAGAGGCUGGCGAAGGAGCGGAGCUUGAGGGUGCUCUUCCUUUCCGCCGAUCUCCUGGACGACCCGCGGUGGGACCUGGCCAACCCCUCCACGUUCUCCUCCUUGAUGGAGCUGUGCGAGGGCGGCUGGGUGGAUAUCAUACUGGGCGGUCCGCCCUGUUCAACCUGGUCGCGGGCACGCUACAAUCGUCGCCGACCUGGUCCGCCGCCCGUGCGCUCGCGGCGGUGCCCCUGGGGGCUGCCAGGCCUCAGGGACUGGGAGGCCGCCAGAGUCGCGGAGAGUAACACCUUGACGCUGAACUUGUUGGCGCUCUGCGAGGCGUGCGGCCAGAGUGGCGGCGCCUUCCUCAUCGAGCACCCGGAGGACCCAGGGCAUGCGCCCUACCCAUCCAUCUGGAACACGACUGAGAUGCUGGAUUUCGAGACGAGGCGCUCGUCGCGGAGAGCGUGCUUGGACCAAUGCAUGUUGGGCGGACGGACGAAGAAGCCCACGUGCCUGAGCGGCGCGCUGCAGGGGCUGGAGGACCUGAACGAGCUGCGGUGUGACGGGUCCCAUGCCCACGAGACGGCCGAGGGCAAGCUGGCCGACGGCACCUUCCGCACGAGCCCGCUGGCCCAGUACCCCGAGAAGAUGUGCGAAACGCUGGGCUCCUUGAUUGUUCAGACCCUGGCCAUCUUCGAGCAGACCGGCUUGGGCGGCACCGGGUGGCGAAGGCCGCCGGAGGCCGACAGGUCGGUCACCGCCUGGAGCUCGCGGAGCACUACGACGCCAGCGGUAGCCGUGCGGAACGAGGAUGUGCUUCGCGGUCGGGGGCUGGUGCUGGAUGGGCCGCAGAUGGCCUUCUACCUACACGUCGACGACGGGGUGGUGAUGGCCGGUGGCAGCGGCUGUGGCCCACGGGCCUCUGGGAAGAUGCACCAGCUGGCGGAUGCCCUGGCCGAGGCCGGCUUCGUGGUCACCGACCGCACGGAGGCCAGCGACAUGCAGAAGGUGCUGGGCUACGCGCCACAGGCGCGUCCGGCGCAGCUACGCUUGCCCCCGAAGAGGGCACGAGAGCUGGUGCAGCAGCUGGGGGCGAUGGGCGCCACCCGCUCCCUCCACACCGAGGAGCUUCGGUCGCUCCUGGGGGUGUGGAUCUGGGGCGCACUACUUCGGAGGGAGCUGCUCUGCAUACCCAGCGCCGUCUUCAGGCUCCUGGAGAGGCACCCGCACCAGAGGGUGUGCACCUGGGCGACCGUCCGCAGGGAGCUGCGGGCUAUGGCUCGAGUAGUCCCACUGAUGUACGCCGACCUGGGAGCCCCGCCAGCCCCCGUGUAUUUCGCGGCGGACGCCAUGGGCGCCAACGUGGAGGACGACGGCGGUUGGGGCAUCCUGGUGACAGACAUGAGCGAGGACAUCGCGAAGGACUUCAUCGACACGGGCGGCAACUUGGGCUACGCCGUGGCGCGACUGGACGGCGAGCUUACUGGAUUGCGGCGUCCCGAGCAGGUCAUCCGUCGGACGAAGCCCUUCAGCCUCCUCCCCGAUCGAGUGUUCAAGCCCGACGAGGACUGGACGAUCGUAGGAGCGGGGAGGUGGCGGGCGGCCGACCACAUCACGCUGGGCGAGGGGCGCUGCGUCGUGAAGAUCAGCAGACUGGCGGCCGCCACUCCUGCUCUACACCGCACCGUGCUGCCGAUCCUGGAGGACAACCAGCCAGUCUCGGGUGCGGUAUGCAAGGGGAGGUCCCCGGCGCAGAUGUUGAACCACCUGUUGCGUCAGAAGACCGCAGCAGGGAUGGCAUCUCGUACGAAGAUUCUGAUUCCAUGGGUGGAGACGCUCAGGCAGCCUGCUGAUAAGAUAUCGAGGUGCCUGACUCGUGCUGAGCUCCGCGGCCUACCUCAUGUCGGGGCCGAGGAAGCUGAACAGCACUUCUGUUGA